CGUGAAAGUCAAGGAAAUUGGAGAGAAGACAACGCCGUUCCCAUAAUUUAUCUUCGAAAUUUUCGCCGUUUCGCAACUUCGUAAUCUCCUGCAUCCACUGCCUCUCAAUCGAUCGGUUAAUCCUCACUUCGCCGGAAAAUGGAGCGAAAUUCGAGCGGCGGCGGAGAAAUUUCGGAGGAAGAUUCUAGUUUCAGAGGUAAUUAUUAUGGUGUUCAUGAGUGGGAGAAUUACAGCGGAGGCGGUUCAAGCGAGAUCCAAGAGAUGAGCGAGAGGAACGGCGGCAGGGAAACUGUCGAGCCUCUAGAAAGCAUUACCGAAGAAUACGAAGGCUUCGACGAUUCUUCGGAGGAGGCGGUUUACGUGGCGGUGGGGAAGCAGAGCGAGGAGACGAGCAUGGAUGCUCUGUGUUGGGCGGUGAGCCACGCCUUGUCUUCGUCUUCAACCGUUGUUUACCUCAUCCAUGUCUUCCCCGAGACGAAGCACAUCCCCACUCCGUUGGGGAAGCUACCAAUCAGCCAAGUAAACCCUGAGCAAAAAGAGAAUUUCAUGGCACAAGAAAGGGGCAAGAGAGGAGAAUUCCUCCAGAAAUUUCUCACCAUCUGUGCUGAAUCUAAGGUUAAAGCCGAGACUAUAUUAAUCGAAAGCGACGCGGAAGCCAAAGCAAUACUCGAACUGGUUCCUAUUCUCAACAUCAGGAAGCUGGUCUUGGGCAUCACCAAAUCUAAUCUAAGGAGGAUGCAGGGGAAGAAGGGAAAUGGAGGACUCACCGAGCAGAUAGUGCAGAACAUCCCCGAGUUUUGCGAGGUUAAGGUGAUCUGUGAAGGGAAGGAAAUGACAGACAUGCCCGUUGAGUCAUCUCCUUCACCUUCCCCUUCUCCUUCCCCAUCACUGAAGGCAUUCGACCAUGUCAGCAGCGCAAAACUCGACCAAGAUCGACACCCUGCCAGAGAUACAUUCGCCUGUGGAUGUUUUAGCAUAAAAUAGCAUGUCAAUGAACAAACACAACAAUAUUGGUAAAUGUCCCUUUACUUGAAUACAUUUAACACGGUAUCGGAGUCGGAAUGUCUCGUAUUCGAGUCCGAUGGAAGAUUAUAUUAUAUAUAUAUAUGAAAUUUGUACUUGUUUACCUAUUUGUGUAAUAAUUUCCUAUUAAAUGGGAUGGGGAGAAAGAACCUUAAGACAACCUUUUUCAAUGGG